AUGCAGCAGAAGAAACGGAGCCGGGCCAGUCAUCCGAAGGUUAGGACCGGAUGCAAUACAUGCAAGGCUCGACGAGUCAAAUGUGACGAGCUACGUCCCUCUUGUCAAAAGUGCUUGAGUACUGGACGCACAUGCGAAGGCUACAAGAAUACCCGCGAGUGGGUCAUUAUAGUCGCGCCGCCGCCUCCCGUGACGGACGGAUUCGAAGAUGACCGAAGCCGGCGGCAUUUUGACUACUUCCGGACACAUGCCGUCUAUGAGCUCUCGUGGUUCUUCGAUGGAAGUAAUUGGGGAUCACUGGUCCUCAAGGAGUCCCAUUCGUCCGCAGCAGUUCGACACGCCGUUAUCGCGCUGGCUUGCUCGCAUCAAGACUUCAGAGACAACCUCACCGUCGCGGCGCAGGCCCCGCAGUAUGCUUAUGCGACCCAACAGUACAGCAAGGCGAUCCGAAAUCUGAUCAAAGAGACAUCGCAGGACGUACAGGAGUCUAGGUUGAAGGCUCUGAUGUGCGGUCUUUUGUUUAUCUCAAUAGAGAUAUUGCGAGGCAACGACACGGCGGCACGACACCAUUUGGAUGGAUGCCUCAAGAUCGUGAGGGAAGCACAGACAAGAAUGGGUACGCUCUUUCGACCUACCGAGGUCCACCCUCUUGAGCGCGAUCGGCUUGAAGCAGAGGCUCAUUUGUGUGAAGAGAUCAUCCCCAUGUUUAGCCGCAUAGACGUUCAAGCUUCCGCCGUAGGCCUCUUAGGCGGAGAACCCACGAACGAGGCUUCCGACUCCAGCUCGCGGGAUUCACCCGCACCUACCGAAGAUGAGGUACUCCUAUUGUCGAGCUUUCAGACAAUUAAUCAAGCAUCCUACGCAAUGCUGUUGCUAGCGAACCGUCUCCACCGAUUCCUCAAUAUGUACUCGGAUAUUUAUCGAAACCAGUGCGUUCGCCCCAUUCCGGCUGACAUUCUCGCUGAGAAGUGCGUCUUGUAUCACCAAUUCCUGCGAUGGGAAAGCGCUAUUCAACCAUUGCUUGCUACAACAGAGCGACAACAUGACUACGACAAGCUCACGAUUAUGCGCCUCCAUAACAGAACUGGCCUUUUGCUGUCAGAAAGCUGUCUCGAUAUUGAAGAAUGCGUCCACGACAACUACCAGUGGGCCUUUGAAGGCAUCGUCAACUUGACCGCCGAACUCAAGCACCGCACGAGCUCGAGUGACGAGGAGGGCGCAAGUGAGUCUGGUUCUUCUACAACAUCUGAACGUGGACAAUCGUCCAAUUCCACAGCCGACCCUUCGAACACGUCGACACCAGCGCUAGAAAAGGGGAUGCCCAGGCAGUGUCUUCGUCCAUUCUUCUGCCUUGACAGCGGCGUCAUAUUCGCGCUCUAUUGGACGGCCCUCAAGUCUCGGGACGGGACACUUCGUCGGCGCGCCGUAGCAUUGCUCGAACACCCCGCACAGGAAGGCGUAUGGGUGGGUCCCAUUCAAGCGGCGAUCGCAAAGCGGGUCAUCGAGAUCGAAGAGGGUCAGCUAUACGAACAAUACCCUCCGCCUGCGAGGAUCAAGCGACCCGAGGAUAUACACGAGAAUAUGAGGGUACAUAGUGUCACUCCGGAUAUCGAUAAGGCGAGGCGAAGAGCGAAGCUAGUCAUUCUGCAAAAGCCGCAUGGACUGGAAGGCGAGUGGCAUGAACGCGUCGAGUGCGCGAGAUGGUGA